UGUGAGAUACUGCUCCACUGGCUACAGAGGCUGGGUACCAGGUAGAUUGUCCUCAGUAGCCCACACUCACACAGCAGCCCAUGUCUCCUGCAGCACCACAGAUACAGCUGUGCUCUCAGGUUGGGGCAGUCAUGGUAUUGAUAAAAUACUGAUACACUUAGGAUAUAUAAUAAACAGAGAAGGUACACGGAAUUAGUUCAAUUCUCCAAGGUGGCAGAAACAGAGGUGUUUCAUAGAGCUCAGCGGUCAGGUAUCCAACAGUGGACAUAUACUGUGUUCGAUAGGGUAUACGUAUGAAAUGGAUAUCUACUGUGUUCAGUGACGCGUGAAGUAGAUAUCUUUCCUGUGUUUAGUUGGCUGUGGAUAUCUAUUGUGUUCAUUCAAGCAUGGCGUAUCAAACAGCCAUGACUUCCUCAAACCAGGCCAAAGGAUGUUAUGCCGAGUUUACCCAUCCUGCUCUCAAAGACCACAUCAACCAGAACAACACAUCUGCUCUAAAGCUGGCCAUUCUUGUGGCAGAAUUUGCACAACAGAUGGCGGCCGCCCAUGAACACUUCUCUAAAGAAAUACAAUCUGUGAUAUCAUCAUUCCGCAGGAAAAACUACGAACUGCUGAAAGAGAGGCCAGUAGACACCCCGUCAUCUAUAUACAAUGCAUGGGAGACACUACUUCAGGAAACGGAACUCGAUGCUCAGGCACACCUGGAUGCGGCAAGUCUGCUAAUAAAGAGCGUGUACAAGCCGUUAGAGGAGAUGGCCACCUACAAACAAAGUCAGGCCCAGCGCCUCAACGUGUUUCGGGAACACUUCGACAACACCUUACAGAAAGUUCAAAAUCAGCUAGAAUGCGCAGAGGAGGAGUAUAAGAAUUCCUACACACAAUAUCAGGAUUGUAGCACACCGAUAUCACGGGAAAAUGCCAAAGCACAGUUCUACAAUGCACACAACGAAUAUGUGUUCCAAAUACGGGCUUCCAACAGAACUAUAGACGAAUUCCAAAUGGUUAUACCAAAAGUUUUAGAGGAACUAGAGGAAAUUUACAUAGAUACCAGCAAUACUGUUAACGUGGCGAUAGAGAGUCACGCACUGCUUCUGUUGACAAAGGCUAACGAACAGCACAAACGAUUUGACGAGCUGUUAAAGGUGUGUCGACAGGUCAACCCUCAGCUAGAUAUAUCGUGGUACGUGGAGGCACUCAAUCCCGAGUGUCCUCGACUAGAACUCCAUCACCCUUGCUUCCACCCAGCUGACAUCACCAUCAUUAACUCAGAGGAAUCGAUGAAGAACACAUUGAUCGUUGAUCGCUCCACUGAAGUCACAUUGUAUGAGCGACGAUGUCGUCUCCAGAAAGAGGCUGCGGAACUAACCUCCUACAUUAAACAGAACCAAGAUAUCACACAUACCCUUGUUAAUAUAUGUCAAAGAAACUUAGCCAAUCACCUGUACGCAAAAGUUUAUGAGACACAAGAAGAUAUGUGUCGAAAACGAAACGAAAUACGAAUAGCUAACAUGCAAUUGGCUGCUGUGAGGGCACAGAUCGACCUGUUCACAUCCAAACAGAAUGGCUCUGUGGAGGAUAUGUCGGACAAAAAGUCAGCAGCCUCCAUCAAGGGAAUGUGGAAAAAAGCUGUCAAAAACCUCAAAACCGCAUCGGAAAGCAAAAUAAUCAAGAAAGGCAGUUUUAUAAAAAAGAAACAGAUUUCCACAGAAUCAGACGAACCAGAACCUGCACCAUCAGGAGAAAUUGACCCGGUGUACAGUUUGCUCAAGUGUGCAGCAGACCUACCAAAGGGCGGCCCAAAGGCGUGCGGGAUCCACAGUCAGUGCUCGGGGCACCAUAGCUCCAUACGACGAGGUAGCCCCGGGGCUGGGGGGGACAGCAGCGGCAACACCUCCAAAACAUCCAGUCCCUCCUCAUCAGCCAGCCACAGCCCAAAAGGUCGUCGGAAAAAACUGAAUGCACGUAUGAAGAGUUUCUCCCUGGAUACUCCCGAACCUUCCAAACACCACCUCGGCAUUGAUGAGAUCACAAAGAAGAAGAGCAGUUCCUUCACUAACACUUGUUUUGGAGCCGGUUCCUCUAGUCCUGUAGACAAAUAUUCCGCAGUCAAUCUAAGGAAAAAGUUUGCAGCCAGUGCCAAAACAACGUCACUUGACAUCGAGGACAAGAAGAGAGGCAGUUUUGUACCGUCGCCAAAGGAAUCUCCAAAAGCACAAAGAAAGCAAUCGAAAGAGGUCAACACCACAGUGUAUGUAGCGCUGUACAACUUUCGGGGCAAGGAGAAGGAUGACAUGGAUCUCAGGGCAGGCUGGCGUCUUUUUAUUGUCGACAGUUCGGAUCCUGACUGGUGGAAGGGAAAAUGUAACGGGAAAGUGGGUUACUUUCCCGCCAAGUACGUUAUACCGCUUCAGUUUGCCCAGAGGGUCUAUCAAGUUACACAACCCAUGCACCUAACUGAAGGGGGAAACGGCAUAAAACUGCAUAAAGACCAGAUUGUACUACAAGUGGGAGAUGAGGUCGAGAAUGGAAUGAUUUUGGUUAGGUCGGCCAGUAAUAAGCAGGCUUUAUGUCCUGUUAAAUACCUCAACGAAAUCUAGCCCUUGUAUCGUCGCCCGCCAUCGUGUAUAUACCUCAACGAAGUCAAGCCCGUGUAUCGUCGCCCGCCAUCGUGUAUUUACCUCAAUGAAGCUAACAGCAUUGCUUGUUUCGUCGCCCGCCAUCGUGUAUAUACCUCAACCAAGUUCAGCCAAUCUCUAGUCGCCCGCCAUCGUGUUUAUACCUCAAUGAAGUUAAGAUCAUUGCUUGUUACGUCACCCGCCAUCGUGUUUAUACCUCAACGAAGUUAGGAUUCUGCCUUGUAUUGUUAUCCGCCAUCGUGUAGAUGCCUUAAAUGUCAUGUUAAACAUGCAGCCCUUCUAUAGAGGAGCUUGCCAUUUCUCUUUGGCUUCUUUCUGACAGCUGUCUAAAGAUUUUAGUCUCGGAGGGGAAAACCCCUCUCUAAUGAGGUUGAAUACCUCACUCUGUGGGAUUUCGUGACAGGUUGAAGGAAAACCCCACUCUAGUAAGGUUGAAUACCUCACUCUGUGGGAUUUCGUGACAGGUUGAAGGGGAAACCCACUCUCUAAUAAGGUUGAAUACCUCAGUCUGGGGGAUUUCGUGACAGGUAUAAGGGGAAACCCACUCUCUAGUAAGGUUGAAUACCUCAGUCUGUGGGAUUUCGUGACAGGCUUAAGGAGAAACCCCCACUCUAAUGAGGUUGAAUACCUCACUCUGUGAGAUUUCGUGACAGGUUGAAGGGAAACCCCACUCUAAUAAGUUUGAAUACCUCACUCUGUGGGAUUUCGUGACAGGUGGAAGGGGAAACCCACUCUCUAAUAAGGUUGAAUACCUCAGUCUGUGGGAUUUCGUGACAGGUAUAAGGGGAAACCCACUCUCUAGUAAGGUUGAAUACCUCAGUCUGUGGGAUUUCGUGACAGGCUUAAGGAGAAACCCCCACUCUAAUGAGGUUGAAUACCUCACUCUGUGGGUUUUCGUGACAGGUUGAAGGGAAACCCGACUCUAAUGAGGUUUAAUAACUCACUCUGUGGGUUUUCGUGAUAGGCUGGCAUUGUUCCCUUAACGGCAGUAUCAAGGUUUGUAGCGUCGUUUUAUCUUGACAAAAAUAUGUUUAUAUAUGAUUUGAUGGUUAAUGAUUAAUUAUAACGCAAAAAGAUAUUCCUUUAUUCACUGUGGAGUCUAAGAGUGUCAAUUGCACUCAUCUGCAGCUUAGGUGCUAUCAAAAAUAUAGGUUGACUGCGGGGAAUUCGUGGUGGCUUUGUGCAAUACUUUUGAAAUAUCUUCUAUGAAAAACAGUACUUAUUUUUUUUUAAAUUUGAAUGGUUCCUUAACAUCAUGAGGAUAUACAGAAACAAAAGGUAGCCAAAGGGUACCGUAGUUGUACUGAGAGAGGCUCACAAGCAGUAGUGUGAUAACAAAUGUCACCUUCAAAACCCUAUUGUCAAAAAUAAUUACAUUUUCAUAUAUUUAAAUAGUUGAAGGGUUAAAAACUUUAUUCAAGUCAUUAAUCCCUAUCCACUUCGAAAGUCGCUCGGACUAAAUGUUUAAUUAAGAUUAAAGAGUGUUUUUAUAAUUAUCAUUGAUCUUUUUAUAAAAAUCAUUGAUAAACUUUGAGGUCACAAGGAUCAGAUGUGCCUAACGUCAUUUCAUUUCCUCGGUAUCUCUCAAUGAAGCAUAAUGGCUAUCAUGUAAACGUGAAAGAUGUCAACUGAAUUAUAAUCAUUGUUAAAUCUGAAUAUUCUCAAACAAAAUAUUUGUAAUGCCUAGAUUCGUGGAAUAUGUCAAGUUACAGUGACCCAACUUAAAGUUUACCAGGGUGAACUUGUUUCAAGAUUUUAAAUGACUUCUACAAAACUUGACUGACACAAACAUUAUCCAAUGUGUAGUUGGCUCAUCAUAGAUUUGUAAUAUUUGUAACUUGCCGGAGGCCUUAUGAUUUGUUACAUUGAAUAUAGCCGUUAUGGGAAGUGAUUCCGAUGCAAGUGUCAGACACUUUCCGGAUGUUUAGAGACUCGUACUUCUUGGAGUACCAGUACAUACACAUGUUAUCAUUGUCAAGAUACUAUGUACAUUUUUUCGAUAGUAAUUUGUUAUGUAUUUAGUUUUUGCACGCAUUAAGCGGGGGAACUCAUACACUGUUAGUAUCUGGGUACUCCUGUGGUGAGGCAUUAAACACUUGUGAACAAACACAUUCCCUAGAAUUUAUCUAAUGGUGAAUCCAACACAAAACAAAUUACACCAAUUGCUCUCCGUGUGGAGCCUCAAUGCGUUACACGGUUAAGGAAGAUUCAGUAUUUAUAGUCUUAUAAAGUCCUAAAGUAUAUGAAUAAUUCAUUAGACAAACUUUGCCUUCAGAAAUAUGCCUAGGAGACAUUUUAAUACGUUAGUGAUUGAUGACACCCGACUUAGUGAAGGUGUUUAUUCACGGAUCACAUGUCACAUAGAUCGUGCUCCAACUUACUUCAUUUUAUCUGUAUUACUAUGAUACUAAAGAUAAGACUGCUUAAAUUGGUUUGCCAACAACGGAAAACUUCAAUCCAAAGUUAUUAACAUACAUGCAUAUAUCCCUAGUAUAAUAAUUACAUUAUAAAUAGUCAUAGAUACUGAUAUAUAGUGACUAUUAUAAACAGUUAUAUGUUAGUCUAUAUAGGAAACAUUAUAACACUAAUGUAUUAGUCCAUAUAGGGAACAUUAUAAUGGUUAUGUAUUAGUCGAUAUAGGGAACAUUUUAACAGUAAUAUUUAAGCCCGUGUAGGGAACAUUUUAACGGUAAUAAAUUAGUCUAUAUAGGGAACAUUAUUACAGCAAUGUAUCAGUUUAUAUAGGGAACAUUUUAACAGUAAUAUUUAAGUCCGUGUAGGGAACAUUUAAACAGUAAUGUAUUAGUCCAUAUAGGGAACAUUAUAACUGUAAUGUAUCAGUAUAUAUAGGGAACAUUAUAACGGUAAUGUAUCAGUAUAUAUAGGGAACAUUAU